AUGAAGAGGAACAUACAGCUUUUGCAAAAGCUCCUGCACAUCAUCAACCAGGUGGUCAGUGACUUAAUGGAAGAGGAUGCUGGUGUAAAAGACGAGGGCGGCAUUGGCUGCCACCGCACCAUGCCUAUAAGCAUGGCCAACCAGAACAACCUGUUUAAGAAGCAGCUCUACAAGGCCCACUGCCUGGCUGCUAUGGCCAAUACCAUCACUAAGGACCCACUUGCUGUAGUCAGUCGGACAUUGAUUGCCAGCCAUAAUAACGCAUCCGGCCACACAUCAGGAGUGUAA